AUGGCCGGGGUCGCCAUUGGGAGUGGUGAGGAAACAAGAAGGGAAGACGAUAAUACGAGUCGCGCUCAAAGAGAAGAUGCGAUACAAGAGUUGGAAAAACGUGUAUACGCAGCUGUAAUGGAGGGCAAGUGGAGAGACGUGGCGCAUAUCUAUAAGACGAAUAAAUCUGUACCGACCACGAUCAACCGGGUUGGCGACACCAUUCUGCACCUCGCAAUCCUCAUGGGCAUUCAAAAGGGUGUGAUCGAGCUCAUGACACUCAUGGAGGAGCAGGACAAAGGAAGAAUGGAGAACAUCCUGCAGACGAAGAAUGACUGGGGUAACACGACACUCCACCAAGCUGCAUUUAUGGGGAUGGAAGAGGUGUGCGCUUUCAUUGCCGAGCACCACUGCAAGAAGAAGGUGGUGCUGCCCCGCAACAACCUGGGUGAGACGCCACUACAUGUGGCGGUGCUCCAUGGUCAUGAGAAAGCCUUCUUAGCCCUUCAGAAGGUCAUUGACAGACAACACUGGAGAGAGGUGGAUAGGAAGUACGGUGGCGACACCGUCCUCCACAGUGCCAUUUUUAGAGAACAUUUUGGUGAGUGA